GUCUCCAGUUUCGGCAUGACUUGCACCAUUCCCAGAUCUUUUCGUAUUGGCAUAUCUAUUCCCUACCUAUCAUGACAUUCUCCCACUGCGUUCAGCCCAUCACUGAUACCUCGUCUCCCACAUCACAACCUCUCUGAUUCACUCCCAUUCCUCGACCCCUAUGCUUUUCUUUCUAUUUUGGUGGAGUAUUUUAUUUUCAUGUCUUUCUGGUUCAAAGUCGACGCUCUUGCCGCCUCAGAAGCGUCACCAAGCUCGGAUACCUUACACAAAAGACCAACACAAACGACACUCAACUUCUGCACUACAACUGAGUUGAUGAUUAUAAACUCGACCACAGAAACCUUUCCUGCGAAAUGCCACGUUUUCAUUACCGAAACCAUCGUUCGGAAGUCCGAGGCAAUUGCAGUCACCGUGGCUUCGCAAUCAAAGACACAAGUUUGCCAUCAUAGCACACGGACAUGUCCCACGAGAAUGGUUUGCGCCACUAUAAGAUGGCUUCCAAAUAACACGGAGAGAUCGACCUCUACGCGCCCAACGAACAUUCAAUCAACCUCGAGUCGUUCCAGUCGCCCCGGCCAGCGCCCAGCAGCAUUCAAUCAUAACUGCUCCAACAUGUACAUCACACCACACAUUACCGACAAGCGGCUCGGAUGCCCGCUGCCAUCCAACUUCACCUUGGCGCAUAGUACCAAGCAACCAUGCGUUACCGAUUCUCCUCAGCCAGGGUAUCUCCCCAAAACUAUGGCCUUGCCCCCACAAAUCCUCAUCAAGCCAACUCGAUGCUUUCUCGCGCCAGAAAGCCAGCUAUUAUCAUAUCGCCCUAUGCCUCUUUGCGCCAGGUACUCCCUGUUGAUCCCAAUGUCCAUGUUCGCUAAGAACUAUGACGACGUCUUCAUUAUCGAUUCAUCAGGCUUGGUUAUGUCUGCCUCAUCCGAGGCGGCAUGCUCGAGUAUUGGUCAAGCACACCACGUCACCCCUUUGAGCAAGCAUGACACCUGGUGUAGCCAUGCGGCUGGGUAUAAUGGUGGCUGAUGCUCUCCGGUCGACGAAACAUCCAAGCUCCCAAAAAGUC